ACGCAGUUGAGUCCAUGCUUUCAGACUACGACAUACUUUCUCAGUCUAGCAUCCAGCAACACUCACUGAAGAAGAGGGACCUCCAGCCUGAGACACAUGUAGAGAGGCUCUUAAGUUUUUCAGCCCUGCAAAGGCACUUUAAAUUAUACCUAACUGCAACUGCUGAGCACUUCUCAGAAAAAUUUCAAGCGUUAAUUGUGGAUGGUGAAGGGAAGCAAAAGGAGCAUCGUGUUCAGUGGCAAGACUUUUUCACUGGACAUGUCGUUGGAGAGCAUAAUUCCAAGGUAGUGGCACAUAUUGGGGAUGAAGACUUUACAGUAAGAAUCAGUACUGACGGAGAAGAAUACAACAUAGAGCCACUGUGGAGAUUUAUAGAUAAUGUGCAAGAUGAAAGACUGCUGGUCUACAGAUCUGGAGAUAUUAAAGAUUUCUCACGAUUGCAGUCCCCCAAAGUGUGUGGUUAUUUAAAGCUGAACGAAGAAGAACUGUUGCCAAAAGGACUGGAAGACAGGAAGCAAAUUGAAGCAAGCGUCCAUCGGAAGAAAAGAGCUGUUCCAGAGAACUCCAAAAACACGUGCAAGAUGUUGGUAGUGGCAGAUCAUCGUUUUUUCAAGUAUAUGGGCCGUGGGGAAGAGAGUACUACUAUAAACUAUUUGAUUGAAUUGAUAGACAGAGUAGAUGACAUCUACCGAAACACUUCCUGGGACAAUGGAGCCUUCAAUGGGUACGGCAUACAGAUAGAGCAGAUUAUCAUCCACAAUGAGCCAAAUCUUGUAAAACCUGGAGAAAAGCAUUACAAUAUGGCAAAAAGUUACCCAGAUGAUAAGAAAGAUGCCUGGGAUGUGAAAAUGCUGCUAGAGCAAUUUAGCUUUGAUAUUGCUGAGAAAGCAGCUCACGUGUGCCUUGCUCAUCUCUUCACGUAUCAAGAUUUUGACAUGGGAACGCUUGGAUUGGCUUAUGUUGGCUCUCCCAGACCUAACAGCCAUGGUGGCAUUUGUCCUAAAGCUUAUUAUAGCCAAAUUGCAAAGAAGGACAUCUAUCUGAACAGUGGCUUAACCAGCACCAAGAACUACGGGAAGACCAUCCUCACAAAGGAGGCUGACCUGGUUACGACGCAUGAACUGGGACAUAACUUUGGAGCAGAGCAUGAUCCCGAUAGUCUGCCAGAAUGUGCCCCCACUGAAGACCAGGGAGGAAAAUAUGUUAUGUAUCCAAUUGCUGUCAGUGGAGAUCAUGAAAACAACAAGAUGUUCUCCAGCUGCAGCAAAAAAUCCAUCCACAGGACCAUAGAGAUCAAGGCACAGGAGUGCUUCAAAGAGCGCAACAACAAAGUGUGCGGGAACUCCAGGGUGGAUGAAGGGGAGGAAUGUGAUCCUGGCCUCUUGUACCAACUGGCUGAUCCCUGCUGCUCUGCAGACUGUAAACUGAAAGAUGGUGCAAAAUGCAGUGAUCGGAACAGUCCCUGCUGUAAAGGCUGCCAGUUUGAAAGUGCACAGAAGAAAUGCCAAGAAGCCAUAAAUGCCACUUGUAAAGGAGAAUCUUUUUGCACUGGGAACAGCAGCGAGUGCCCCCCGCCAGGGAACGCUCCAGAUGACACAGUCUGUGUGGACAUGGGGAAGUGCAAGGAUGGCGAGUGUGUCCCUUUCUGCGAGAGGGAGAAGAACCUACGGUCCUGUGCAUGCAAUGAGACAGAUAAUUCCUGCAAGGUGUGCUGCCGGGACAAGCAGGACAGGUGCGUCCCGUACGUCGAUGCCAACGACCAGUUCCUGUUCCUGCGCAAGGGGAAGCCUUGCACCGUGGGCUUCUGCGAUACAAACGUAAGUGUCAGCGCGCUGCACUCUGCUUCUGUGGCUGCGUGUUUCAGUCUGUG